CCGCAGACCCCUAGCCAGCCGGGACCCCCUUCGACUCCGGGCACGGCCGGCGACAAGGGCCAGAGCCAGCAGGGCUCGGGCCAGAGCCAGCAGCACAUCGAGUGCGUGGUUUGCGGGGACAAGUCGAGCGGCAAACACUACGGCCAAUUCACCUGCGAGGGCUGCAAAAGUUUCUUCAAGAGGAGCGUCCGCAGGAACUUAACGUACACAUGUCGUGCCAACAGGAACUGUCCCAUCGACCAGCACCACCGCAACCAGUGCCAGUACUGCCGCCUCAAGAAGUGCCUCAAAGUGGGCAUGAGGCGGGAAGGUGAAUAUUUCUUCCCUAUUCUACUCUCCCUCGCUCUGCACCCCUCCCCCACCCCGCGCUCGGGCAGCCUGUGCAUGCAGCCCAACAACAUCAUGGGCAUCGAGAACAUCUGCGAGCUGGCCGCGCGCCUGCUCUUCAGCGCCGUCGAGUGGGCCCGCAACAUCCCCUUCUUCCCCGACCUGCAGAUCACCGACCAGGUGGCCCUGCUGCGGCUCACUUGGAGCGAGCUGUUUGUGCUCAACGCGGCGCAGUGCUCCAUGCCCCUGCACGUGGCCCCUCUGCUGGCCGCCGCCGGCCUGCACGCCUCGCCCAUGUCCGCCGACCGGGUGGUGGCCUUCAUGGACCACAUCCGCAUCUUCCAGGAGCAGGUGGAGAAGCUCAAGGCCCUGCACGUCGACUCGGCGGAGUACAGCUGCCUCAAAGCCAUCGUCCUCUUCACAUCAGAUGCCUGUGGCCUGUCAGAUGCUGCCCAUAUCGAGAGCCUGCAAGAGAAAUCUCAAUGCGCCCUGGAGGAAUAUGUGAGGAGCCAGUACCCCAACCAGCCGAGUCGCUUCGGCAAACUGCUCCUGAGGCUGCCUUCCCUGCGCACCGUCUCCUCCUCAGUCAUCGAGCAGCUCUUCUUCGUCCGCUUGGUAGGUAAAACCCCCAUUGAAACCCUCAUCAGAGAUAUGUUACUGUCUGGGAGCAGCUUCAACUGGCCUUACAUGUCUAUCCAGUGUUCCUAGAGCACAGCCAACACCCCCAAUAGAGACACUGAGGACCAACACAGACAGAAAUAAACGAACCGAGUAAAAGUUGGGGUGCAGAGAGGGGGGGAAGCAGACAAUAAACAAAACAAAAAGAGAAAGACUCGUGUAGGAUCAGAUCUGUGACCAUGUUUGAAAGGAAAAGAAAGCAGCUUGUGUCUGUGGAAAAUUUUGGAAAAAGGACCGAGGGGAUUUUAAUAAAACCAGAAGGAGAAUAAUGGAUCUUCCAGCAUUUAUUGUGGACUGAUGUGGAUAUAUUCUGUACAGAAACAAAGAAACCAACAAAAAUAUUGACGCUGAACUGAAUCUUGUGUAGAAAACACACACACGCAAACACUUACCACGAACAUUGUUAUUCAUUUUGUAAAAUAUUAGUCUUUAUUUUCAUUUUUUGGUAAAAUUUAAGACAUCGUAUGCGCAUAAAGAAAAAAGAAACAAGAAUUAGGGGAAAUAACAUUUCCAAAUAAUUAUAAAAAACAAUUGUCCUGUGUCUAUGUAUCUAUAUCUGUUUUGUAUUUUUUUCUGGUUCCAAACCAGGUUUCCUGUGAUUCUAUACUAAUAAUUUUUGAUAUAACCCUUUGCUUCUUAUAAUGAGUGCGAUAUAUGUUGUCGAAGCUGUUCUUCAAGAAUUAAAAUUGAAGUGAGAAUUUAAACAAAAAUAAAAGAAUUUAGCAAAAAAAA